UUUUUCUCCAUGUGCAGGAUUUGUUGAAAAUUUAUCUGCGAUAAACCGUAUGAGCGCGAGAAAAGUGUGAUGGCAACGUGUCAGUCCUCUCCGCCACGUAAUCACGCGCCCGCAAUCGGACAUGUUGCCGUUGACCAUUCGAUGGACGACGACUCGGUCACUUCGGGUAUAUCGAGUUGCAAGUGUGACGCGGGUAGUUUGUCCCCGUUGAAUGACAAGACGCCUUCGGAGGAAGAACUCGUUCCAGUGCGAACUCCCAAGUCGGCUAGCAAACAGUGGAUCCGAUUGAACGUCGGAGGAUCCUACUUCCUGACGACUAGGACGACCUUGAAGCGAGACUCCAACUCGUUCCUGUGUCGGCUGUGUGAAAAUGACCCGGAGCUGAGUUCCGAUAGAGAUGAAACCGGUGCGUACAUGAUUGAUAGGGAUCCGACGUAUUUCGGACCGAUUCUCAACUAUUUACGUCACGGGAAGCUCGUCCUGAACAAGGAUAUUUCUCUGGAAGGUGUUUUGGAAGAAGCGGAGUUUUACAACGUGACAGAACUCAUCAAAGUGAUAAGAACGAAGAUCAGAGAUCGAGAUCGGAUCGAGACGCACGGUUCGCAAAAGUGCGUUUAUCGCGUGAUCCAGUGCCAUGAAGACGAGUUGACGCAGAUGCUUUCGACCAUGUCGGACGGUUGGCGGUUCGAGCAGUUGGUCAAUAUUGGAUCUCAGUACAAUUACGGCGGUGAGGAACACGCCGAGUUCCUCUGUGUCGUGUCUAGGGAGUACACGCCGCUUCCCGGGGAAGACGACUUUGAGCGGUCGGACCGGGCCAAGGUCUAUGUUACGCGUAUUCUCGUGGCUUUGUAG